AAUAGUUGGGAGUGGUGCUAUCAUUAGUCUUGGAGGUGGUGCUAUCAUUAGUCUUGGGAGUGGUAGCAUCAUUAGUCUUGGGGGUAGUAGCAUCAUUAGUCUUGGGGGUGGCAUUGUUAGUCUUGGGGGUGGUGCUAUCUUUAGUGCUCAUUUCACGGUUCUAAAUAAAAAAUAUA